UCAAUCAUCGAGUGAAGAAGAGAUUGGACGAGUUCGACCAAGUUCAGCUGAAAAUUCUGGUCGUUUUAGAUUAUAUAUUCUAUAAUUACAUAUAUAAGUUUUAAAUGAAACAAACUGGAUUUGAUUCUUAGAAAGACAUUGCAAAUUGGAGGAUUUGUAGUUGUUUCACAAAGAUGGAUAGUCAACAGUUUUCACUAUGUUGGGACAAUUUCCAUGUAAAUAUGAGCUCAGGGAUGCAUUCUUUAUUAGAAAAAGAGGAUUUGGUUGAUGUUACUUUAGCCAUUGAGGGACAGUAUUUGAAAGCUCACAAGAUGGUUCUUUCAGUGUGUAGUCCAUAUUUCCGCAAAUUAUUUAGUACAAACCCAUGUAAACAUCCAAUAUUCUUCAUGAAAGAUGUUACAUAUGAAGUUAUGAAUGACUUGUUAACAUUCAUGUACCAAGGUGAAGUUCAAGUGAAUCAAGAAAAUUUAGCAACAUUCAUUAAAACUGCUGAAGCACUACAAAUAAAAGGAUUGACUGGAGAAAAUAGAGAAGUUGAUGAUGCAUUGAAAGAAGUUAACUCAUUAAAGAGGCCUCCACCUUUUCCUGACGAACCAAGGAAUAGAUUAAAUAGAUCAAAACCAAUCUCAGCAAAGAAAAUAAAAACAACCCAAGAAACACAAGACCUACAAAGAGAUGAGAGUUAUAUAGAGCAAACAAGUGAUUCAAUGCAAUUAAAAGUUGAACCAAAUGAGCAAGUGGAAGAUGCUGAAUCUUAUGGUUGGCCUGACGAUAGUUAUUUAAAUGAAACAGAAAAUUUACCUGAUGACAGUCAAGUUGAUGAAGCUGAGGAAUGUCAUAUGAUGGAGGAGGAACCAAAACCUGGCACCAGUCUGGAAGGAGCAAUCCCCAAUCAAGGUCCGAAAAAACGAAGAACUAUCACGUUUCAAGAGAAAAUAAGAAUAAUACAAAGGGCGGAAAAGGGCGUGCCGUUAGCGACGAUUGGGCGGAGCUUAGGUCUGAGUCGAUCGACGAUAAAUACGAUCGUGAAAGACAAAGAUCGAAUAAUGAAACAUCUAAAGGGUGGAUUGAACGUCCUGAAGACAUCGGCAAUUCGAAAACGUUCUUGCAUAAUGGAAGAAAUGGAGCGACUCUUGCUGGUUUGGUUGAGCGAAGAGGAACAACGCAAUGUUUGCCCUGCCGUUAUUCAGGAGAAGGCCAAGCAAAUACACGAAGAUUUAAAGAAUAGCAUGGAAGAUGGUCCGGACGAUGAGGUGUUCAUCGCCAGCUCUGGAUGGUUUCGAAGAUUUAAAGUCCGAUCGAAGUUACAGACUAUUGAUGGAGAAAUCGAAAUACCCAAGGAUUGUAUCGAAAUUAAAAUCGAAGAUUUAUCAGUUUAAUGAGUUGAUAGAAAAUCAUCUUAUAAAAUAGUUGAUAGUUAAUGUAAUAUACAUUAUGUUAUAAUUAGAAGAUACUUCUUUCUAUCCCGAACGUCAUUGAGAUUCAAAUCAAAUGUAACUUCGUUCCUGGACUCCUUCACUUCACUUCUGGAAUAAAGCGACUUCAAGACGCAACAUUAUACAGUGGAACCUCUCAUAACGAGCA